GAAGCUGAAAAGUCCGCAGGAAUCACUUUCCGGUGAAGAAGCAUUUUAACCUGUUCUCUUUGGUGGUGGUGUAGGAGGGAGAUCCAGUAGCUCUUCAAUCAAUGGCUGAUCCUGAACUAGAAGCAAUCAGACGAAGAAGGAUGCAAGAGCUAAUGGCUCGACAAGGGACGGGGAGUCAACAAAACCCUGAGCAACAGCAAGCUCAGGAAGAGGCCAAGAGGGAGGCCGAUGAACGGAGGCAAAUGAUGCUUAGUCAGAUUUUGUCCAGUGAAGCUCGUGAAAGACUUGCUCGAAUUGCCUUGGUGAAACCUGAGAAGGCUAAGGGUGUGGAGGAUGUUCUACUAAGAGCUGCUCAGACAGGUCAGAUAGUUGAGAAGGUUUCCGAGGAGAGGCUUAUAUCACUGCUGGAACAGAUAAACACCCAAACUACUACACAGACGAAAGUCACGAUCCAGAGACGUCGGAGUGUUCUUGAUGACGAUGAUUAGUUCAAGCUUUAAAUGCGAAAACCUCUGCUUCAUUUGUGAUGAAUAUUCACAUAUUCAUGGAUUCGUACUUAGUAGGCCCAUUCUCAAUGGAUUUAUAUUUCCGGACUGUAUUUGCUUUGCAAGCCGUAUUAAUGCUAUCCUGAGCAAUAAAGUUGGUGCUGGGUGGCUUAGAGUUUAAUGAGUGGUAUGAGGAUGCUUUGUAAGUUGAAAUAUUAUCGAGGCUUGCCAAGCCAUGCUUAAAUAUACUUAGAUUCUAAUUUGAA